AUGACCUUGGAGUAUGCUUUCAGAUUCACGGUGUAUAUCGAGGGCGAAGCUGAAGAUGUGUCGGAGUUGGACGCUCUUAUCGACUCUACUGGAGCUGCUCGGUCGAGUGGCUGGCCCGGUCAUCGCGUGCCGAUGGAUUGCCUACAGACGAGGGUGGCUGUGCUCUUGGGCGAUCUGAAACGCUCCUCUGUUGCUCAAGCGGGAUGCAGAUGUCCUCAAGUUCGUUCAGAAUGGUUGAGGGAAUGCCGGCAACAGGGCCGUGCUGUGGCCCCUGAAGCCUUCCCAGCUGACUUCACUCUGUCGAGUCCUCGCAAGUCGAUGGCACCGAGGAAGUCUGAAGGCUCUUGUGAAGGUGUGACGUGGGACAACAACACUAGGGGUAAACUGGAUAAGGCGGCAGCAGCAGCGAAGAGAAGUGGAAUUGAUGCUUCUUCUAAUGGUGGAUGA